AUGUUUCCUCCAUUGUUACGAAAUCUGGCAGCUGGGUCACUUCCCGACCACUGUGAACCCACGUCGCCCUUCUUGACCGCUAUCUCCUCACAUCUCCACAUCUGUCUCCCCACACCUCUCGCGUUGGUGUCGAUCAUCCUAGGAAACCUGAGUUUUGUGUCAUGGCUCUUCGCACAACUACCACAAAUCUUCAAGAACUACCAGCUGCAGUCAACAUCAGGACUGUCUAUUUUCUUCCUGAUCAUCUGGUGUGCAGGAGAUAUCAGCAAUCUCAUAGGUGCAUUGUUCACCCGGCAGGCAGGAUGGCAGGUUAUGGUUGCCUGCUACUACGUUUUCGUUGACGUUACCUUGGUCAUCCAGUUUUUCUGGUAUACACACUAUAAGACCCGGCGUUACGAGGGAUACGAUGAUCUUCAAUCCUCUCAUCACCACCACCAAGAGUCAGACGCACGGGGUGAAUUCCUGCAAGGCAACAAUGCGACCCACCAACCCCAUGGUCCGGUCGACAUGACGAUUAAGACAACAGAUGUUCAUGAUAUGGGUGUUCAAACAGGCUCAACCUUCAAUUCUACAAUUGCCCGGAGCGCCUCUUACACAAAUGAGAAGCAAUCCUCACGUCGACCCGUGCGUUUGGGGAGCAGCGCUACCAGCCCACCAUUUGCGCUACCCCGCACAAUGCUAAUCGCCUCUUUGGUCUGCGCCGUCCUGGCAAAUGCAGCACCAACCGAGCCCAAACCCUCACCUCAUCCACCCAUCACUCACGCACCCAACGAGGCCAUCCUUGAGAUCGUAGGCCGCAUCUUCUCCUGGGCGUCGACGCUCCUCUAUCUCGGCUCGCGCCCACCACAGCUGUACAAAAAUUACUGCCGCAAGAGCACAGAGGGUCUCUCACCCUUGAUGUUCCUUGCAGCUUUUUGUGGAAACCUGUUCUACUCGACUUCGUUACUGACCAACCCCAACGCUUGGUCUGAUUUUGCACCAUAUGGCGGCGGAGGCUGGGCCGAUAGUCACGGAAAUGACCGCCUGGAAUGGAUCGGGCGGGCGUUGCCUUUUUUCCUGGGUGCCUUCGGAGUCUUGGGACUGGAUGGAUUCAUGGGUGUGCAGUUCCUCAUGUACGGAGCCCUCGAUGAGGACGACGAGAGUUUUGUUAGCUCGGAUGAUGGAGAUGGAAAGCGUGGUCGGGGCCGGUGGAGACGCGUGCGGGGAUGGAUGCGUGGUUGGAUCCCUUCGGCUUCGCCCCCUCCUGGUGAUCGCUCACGCUCGUGCUCUGCUAGACCACAGGAAGGGCAAGCUCUUCUUGGUGCCGAGCAGGGGCGGUAUGGCACUGUUUAA